GGCCGACCCAAGGCAGGGUCAGAGUUGGGGCUAGGGCUGCCUGGAGGAGUAGCGGGAGGACGGCGUAUGGGGUGGGAGUGCGCUUCUUCCUCUGGUACCUUCCCCCUGACCUCUUUUCGACUUCAUAACUUAAGUUUCUCCUUUUUUUUUCUCCUUGUCUCGGGACAGAAAUCAUAAACCCGAAAAAUUUUUAUAGAUCCUCAGUCACCUGGACCGAAAUCCAGCAAGUUUUUUUUUUUUUAAAAAAGGGGUGGGGGUGGGGAAGAGAACGCCCCCAACCCAGCCCUCCUGUAGCAUGUGGAAACUGAACAAGAGCAAAGUGCUUCUGGAUGAUUCUCCCGAGGAAGAGGAGACCCGGAGCGAGGGGAAAGCGCUGCCGCCGUCGCCGCUGCCACCUCCAGCCGCCUCGGCCACCGCCUCCUCUCAGAACAAGGACCAGUUACUUCAAGAUGAAAUUACCUCCUCAGUGUCUCAACUUGCCACAAAGGUUCAGGGAGCCAGUUUCAGAGGUUGGAAAGAAGUAACCUCAAUGUUUAAUAAAGAUGAUGAACAGCAGCUUCUAGAAAAAUGCAAAUCUCCAAAGUUUAAAGGAACUAAUUUAAGAAUAAAAGAAGAUGUGAAGACUGAAAAGAAAUCUGGAUUUUGGGACAGUUUGGUGUUAAAACAGAAUAUGCAGUCUAAGAAACCAGAUGAAAUUGAAGGAUGGGAGCCACCUCAGAUUACUCUUGAAGAUCCAGUCACUGAUCUAGGAGACUCUUCUAGGGACCAUCUCUCCUGGCCAGGUUGGGAAGAUGAGACUAAGGGUUCUACUAAAUACACCAACCUGACCAGCUCAGGAAACAGUUCUAGGUGGAGUAUCAAAUCAGCUGGAAAAUUGGUUAGCAUUAGACGGCAAAGCAAAGGUAAUCUUACUGAUAACUGGGAAGAAUUAGAAUGAUAGUGGCAAUUUGAAAUACUUCAUAAAUGAAAAUGUUCCUCGAUGUCCAUAUGUAGUCAAACCAAAAUUUGCUCAAUAUCGCACCUGUAUGCUUAGUUUUGUUCAGAUUCUUAUAAACAUUUUCUCUGUUA